AUGCCUACAGGUACGCUUGAAGUAAUUAUUGCUGAAGGACGUCGUCUUAAAGAUAAAGAUACUGUCGGCCAAAGUGAUCCCUAUGUAGAAAUUUAUUUACAUCAUAAAUAUAAACAACGUACAACAACAAUACAAAAUACGAAUGAUCCUGUAUGGAACGAACGAUUUACAUUUAAUCUACAUCCAAAGGAUGAUACAAUACAUUUUGAUGUUUACGAUUCUGAUGUUGGUGGUAAAGAUGCAAUUGGUAACGGUAAAGUAAAACUUAAACAUGUAUUUGAUGAUGGGAAAUUUGAUGAUUGGGUUAAAUUACCUGCUCAUCUUGGUUUAUCAAAUCAUGGGGAUAUUCAUGUUAUUAUGACAUUUACUCCAUCAUAA